CAUGCAGCGGUGUCGCACAAUCUGCGCCUAAUGGUCAACCCUUUCGUGUCGAUGAGGAACAAAGAUGAUAUAGGAAUGAGGUCAGCAAGUACUAGAGGACUUGGAAGCUGAUAACAGAGCUGGUAUGGUCGCUUGUUUACUUCACCUGGGCACGGGAUAUACAUCAAGUCUUCUAGUGUCUAAAGAGAGGCCCGAAGGAUAAAUAUAGUUCGCGAGGAGCCCGGUAUGGUUGUUUAGCCGAUGGUGCAUAGGCUCAGAAACACAUGAGCGAAUGCAACCAAUGCAUAUUUCCAGCGGUUGCAAUAUUGGAUAACGAGCGAUUGAAGCACCGCAUAGCUACUCCGUAAGUACUACUCCAGAUGCCUGGAUGGACGGAUCCAACAGAACAGGUGAGCCGCAAACGGCAUUUGGACACGUGAUGUUGAAAUUGCCCCUUUGCGGCCAGAAAAUGAAGGCUACAACUUUCCGGCCUGUCAGCGCCGUCAUGUCCUCCCACUUUUCCGCCUCCUUUUCCAGAUCAAUUCAGCUGUUUCUUUUCUUUCUGGUCGUCGAGUUAACGAAAGGAACUUCCGAGAGUCCACUCUCUUUUAUAUUGUUUUAAUAUCCUCAUUUAUUCUUUCUGUCUUCGAUGCCAUCGUGGCCUUAAUUGUUGAACCCGCCGUCGAUCUCGAAUCCAUCUGAACCAACGAUCGGAGUUCCAUUUCACAACACGUAUUGAACUUUUGAUUGCUCUUCAAUAACCACCAUUCUCUCGUCGAGUUCAUUUUUAAUAUCAUCUUCGCAACCUACAAAUCACAGCCUGUCAAUUCUAUAACAUGAAGCUCCCCUCCUCGUCGCCCCUUAUCUUCAUUUUGCUCCCUGCCAUCGCAACGGCGCUCGCGGACUCAGCAAGCAAUGAAAACGCGAAGGAUUCCGUCGCUGUGGGACGCGACACUAUAAGCUCCAACACGAUCGUUCCAGACCUCGAUGAUCUUGCUCCCAAAGCUUCUCCGAAAGGGACGCUGGAUGCCCCGGUCGAUGGGAAAGAUGGCAGACCACAUGCUGGUCCAUGGGUAGAGACAAAUGCUGAGCGGGAUCGCCGGAAAUCUGGUACCGUGACAACGUCCGAUGAACAAAUUCGCUCAGACACAAACCUCGAUUAUGAUGGAAAACCAAUUCCCUAUUCGAAUGAUGGUGUGAUGGACGACCGUAACAGGGCGGCUCCGAAGGAAGGGACUCGCGGAACGGAAGGCGGCGUAUCGGAGAAGCUCAAGGGACUCGAAUAUGGGGACAAGUCCCCAGAUAGCCCGAAAGAGGCGCCUCCUUUGCCGCAUAGCGAAGAACAAAAGCUUCCAUCGACUGGAGCUGACAGCGUGACGAAGGACACAAAGGGUUCGAGCGCCGACUCGAACCUCGGUGUUCUCGAGAAACCUGCAGAUCUGCCAGACAAACCACACGAUAUUCCACCUCCCAAACCUCCCGCAUCUUCCAAGGAUAGCCCCGUUGGUUUCGACAAAGAAGGUUCAACGUUACCUGCCAAUGAUCUUCCUCAGGACGCUUUCCAUUCGCUCCUAUUUUCCUUCACCAUGAUUAUUGUAUCUGAAAUUGGCGACAAAACAUUCCUUGUGGCCGCUCUCAUGGCGAUGCGACAUCCACGACUCCUCGUUUUCUCCGCUGCAUUCUCUGCGUUAAUUGCCAUGACCGUUCUUUCCGCUGUCCUAGGACACGCUGUUCCUACGUUGAUUCCUAAGACUUUUACCAAGUUCUUGGCAGCUGUGCUGUUUUUCAUCUUCGGUGCGAAGAUGUUGAAAGAAGGCCGGGAAAUGUCUCCCGACGAGGGUGUGGGCGAAGAGAUGAGGGAAGUCGAAGCCGAGCUGGAGGAGAAGGAGCACGAGCAACUCCGCAUGAGCCGCCGCCGUUCCUCAGUCACUCCUCAUUCUUUGGAAGCUGGACGAUUGGGGCGCAAGUCGCGGUCUUCUGCGAACCGUCUUCCUUCUCCUCCUGAGAGCCUAUCCUCGUCCUCUUCUCGCGGCUCAUCUCCCCGCCCUACUCAACGUUGGAAUGACAUGCUUGUCGGCGUGAACAACCUGUUUUCCCUUCUCCUGAGUCCUGCCUGGGUGCAAACUUUUGUCAUGACCUUCCUCGGUGAGUGGGGUGAUCGCAGCCAAAUCGCAACCAUUGCCAUGGCCGCGGGACAGGACUACUGGUGGGUGACUGUUGGUGCGAUCAGUGGACACGGCAUUUGCACGGCUGCUGCUGUCAUUGGAGGCAGUGCUAUCGCUGGUAAAGUGAGCAUGCGUGUUGUUACACUUGGCGGCGCUGUUGCUUUCUUAGUCUUCGGUGCCAUCUACCUUCUAGAGGCGUUGUUUUGGGAUUAGUAAGAUUGGGGCGAUGUAAUGCUUAGACUUGCUGCUGUACAGUACGGGAUCCAUAGGCUUUAGCGGUUACAUCUCUUCAUACUACUUAAUAUUGAUGACUGAGAAGAAUAUGACCUUGCUUUGAAG